UUCAUCACUCAGUGUGUCAUGUGACUUUCAUAUGUGCUCUCACCCUAAACCAGUGGUCUUAAACUGUGGCCCUCAAGAUGUUGCAUAACUUCAACUCCCAGCAUGCCAGGACAGCCUCUGGCUGGCGUUUUCUAUAUUUUAUGCUGUGAAUGUCCAAAAAGAGAAAUCCCGGAAGAAGUGCAGAGUGUGCGUCACUUCAACACCGAUAUCAUCGUAGAAGCCGUGGUGCGAUGUCUGCGCGUGAUCAACCCAUCCGUGGGCUCCACCCUCAGCCACGUCCUGCCCCCAGGGAUGUCAGCCCGCUUCCGUAUAGGCACCAGCCUGGCGCAGGCCUGUCAGGACCUGGGAUAUACCGGGGAGGUUGGUUACCAGACAUUCCUAUACAGCAGUGAGCCGGAUAUUCGAGCACUAUUGAUUUUCCUUGCUGAGAAACUUCCAAGACACUCCCAAGAAGAUGCCGAUCAACCAGCAGGUAAAUCUGCGGUGCUACAAAGGGAGAUUGCGACAAAGAUAAAGCAACAGCUCGGUCUUCCCUGGCUGCCACCAUCUUGCCGAACAGCAGCAGCAAAACGUUCUCAGAGUUUAUGCCGGUUGCACCGUUUUCACGCACAGUCCCUGUCUCUUGCUGGAGAUACUUCAUCCAAAUCCAUAGCCCCUGAACGGAAGGAGUACUGGGAGAGAUACCUGCCUUUUGUUAGCACACAGCUGCCUCACGCCUACUCUUUAGCAGCCUCGCUACUUGAGAGGAACGCAUCUGACCUCAGUGCCGUGCAGGAAUGGGAAGCUGAGUGGAAAAGCCAAGGUCUUGCCUCUCGAUUGUCUCCUGAGGAGUACCGCAGCAGGAAACGCCAGCGUUUGCAUAAACGGAUACAGGACCAGUUCCGCCAGUGCAGCCAGCAGCUUGGAGAGAAUAAUGUUCCCAGUUCAUCCACACAAGACCUCAUGGACAUGCUGAAAGCCUUCACCGUGGAGGGGGGCACGGAUCAGAACAAAGGCUCCAGAUUCACCCAUGCUCAAAAAUUCACACACCAACAGGACCCUCAAGUAUUAACAGAACAGAUGCAAAGAGCGGCUGAAAGUCUUCCUAAAAAGGACACACAGGAUGCACAAGCAGAACAGGAGGAGCUGUCCUCCCUGCAGCAGCAAAUAGAGGACAUGGAGCGGGAUAUCCAAGCCCUAGCGGAGAGCACCAAGCUUCUUCAUCUCACGAUCUCUCAGGUGGGGGAAGAGGCCGGUAAACUCCAGCAGCAGUGUGACGAAAAAGAGAACCUGGUGAAAGUGAAGAAGAGAGCCGUGGAGUUACUGCCGGACGCAGAAAAUAAUCUUGUCAAGUUGCAGACCAUGGUAGAUAGCAGCACCCAGCGGAUGGUAAACCUUGUGGGACAGUGGGAGACUCAUCGAGUUCGGCUGAUGGAUGAAUACAGAGAGUUGAGGAGACUCCAGCAGGAAAAAGAGGACGAGUCUUCACGCUGGAUGAAAGACGUCAAAGAUUUAUACGACAAGAUUCGAUCUGCAGCUGAUGAAGCCAAACGCAAAGAGGAACUGUACAAACAGCUGAGGUACAGGAGAAAUGAAGAGCAUGUUCAGUGCUUUCCCUUAAAUAGUGCAACCUGUCAUAGAGGCAUAAGCCAAUGACAUCAUGCCCUGACUCUGGGGUAAUUCCCAUCUGGUUAUUUAUAGCAUAUCCACAAUAUAUGGCAUAAAUGUCUAAUAGUUACAGCAGUUUUUUCCAACCAGUGCGCCUCUAGCUGUUGCCCUGUGUGCCGAGGACAGGCGGGGCUCUGUGUGC